AUGCUCCUUGAUGAUAGUGAUGUAGGUGAUAAGAAUAGUGAUGUUGAUGGUGGUGAUGUAGAAAUUGGGGAAGUAUUUAUUGUCAUUGAUUUUGUCGAUAAUGUCGGUGAUGGUGAAGAUGGUGGUGGUGGUAAUGGUGCUAAAGAACAAUGUUUUACAACUUCUUGCAUAAAAGGUUUUAUUAGAGCUUUUAGUGCAUCCUCAUAA